GACGUAGCUAUGAAGGUUGAGCCUAUGUGGGUUGAGUGGCGGGAACUUUCGGCGACCGGAAGAGUGAGCCAGGAGGUCUGGCUUGGGCGCCGCCAUGACAACCUAAUACCGGAAAAGGCGGGUCUCUUCUCCCUGACUGAUCGGCGCCUGAAUUCGCCUGGAGAUGCAGGCGGCCCUGGAAGUCACUGCUCGAUACUGCAGCCGGGAGCUGGAUCAGUAUGGCCAAUGUGUGGCAGCCAAGCCAGAGUCGUGGCAUCGAGAUUGUCACUACCUUAAGAUGAGCAUCGCUCGCUGCACGUCUUCCCACCCCAUCAUCCGGCAGAUCCGACAGGCCUGUGCUGAGCCGUUUGAAGCCUUUGAGGAGUGUCUUCGCUUGAAUGAGGCAGCAGUUGGCAACUGUGCUGAACACAUGCGGCGCUUCCUGCAGUGCGCUGAGCAGGUGCAGCCACCAAGUUCACCCACGACUGGAGAGGCACAACCCCUGCCUGCCUCCUGACAACCCCUUGGACUUUGAGAAAAUGGACAUGAGUGACUAUCCCACUUGAUGUCCUCAUCUAGAAGAGUGACAAGACUUUUGGAGUCUUGAGGGCCCUGCUGUGGGUCUGGCUCUCCCGGACAUCAGGACGCUAAAUAAAUAAAGACUGAGUACUGGGCUU